ACUCUCCAGCGCCUUCCUCCCUCCCCGUUCUCCCCUCCACUCUCUGUCUCCCACGCCUCUUAUCGCUUCCGAGCUCUCAUGGCCGCACACACCGCGCGCUAAGCAAGCCUGACAGCCCGACCCCAUGAGGCAGCCGCACCUCCUCUCGCCGCAGCGGCUCUCCCCCUCGCCCGUCCUCUCCCCCCACUUCUCGCCGCCCUGCGCGGCGCAGGGCGGCUCGCCGUGGCGGUGGCGCCACCGCCGGGCCUUCCACCCGCCGCUCUCCUCGCUGCGGGAGUCCGACAAGGGCACGCUGCGCAAGGCCUCGCCCAACCUCCCCUUCCGGCUCGGCGGCGGGGGCGGCCGCAGCCCCGACGACCGUCGCUCUGCCGCCGGCCAGGAGAAGAAGGGGAAGAAGGAGAAGGACGAGAAGGAGGAAGAGGGCGGCGGGGUCUCGGGGGCCCUCACCGGGACGCUGCUUGCCGGGGCGGUGCUUGUCGGGGUCGUAGGGGGGUUCGGGGCCGCCGGGUACGUGUACAAGGACCAGAUCAAUACCUUCCUCACGCACUUCUCCGGGUUCAUUGAGGGCUAUGGCACUGCUGGGUACGCGUUGUUUAUACUUGCCUAUGCAGGAUUGGAGGUUCUUGCAAUUCCAGCAGUACCGUUGACCAUGUCUGCAGGUCUAUUAUUUGGUAGUGUUACUGGUACUAUUAUGGUUUCAAUCAGUGGGACACUAGCUGCCGCUGUGGCCUUUCUCAUCGCUAGAUACUUUGCUAGAGAGCGUAUUCUUAAGAUGGUUGAAGGAAACAAGAAGUUUCUGGCAAUUGAUAAAGCAAUAGGUGAAAAUGGAUUCAAGGUUGUGACUCUGCUUCGUUUGAGUCCCCUAUUACCUUUCUCCCUUGGGAACUACUUGUACGGCUUGACUUCAGUCAAGUUCCUACCCUACGUGUUGGGCAGUGUAGUAAUGUUAUUACGGACGCAUGCGAUUAACAAAAUCAAAGGAGUAGCAAAUACCAUAUACCUGGUUAAGGGACUGACAACUUUCUGAUCCAGUACAAAUUGAGCAUUCCUUUGUGAAGGAAUAUUACAUUGAAAUUUUUUCCAUCGGUAAUAUAUUUUUCCUAUAAAGCAAUUUUUACCUCAGAUAUUGCUUUUGUACGUAUGCAGUUGGUUGGGUAUGCUUCCAGGAACAUGGGCUUAUGUCAGUGCUGGUGCAUUUGGGCGAGCUAUAAUU